AUGGGAAAAGUUUUUAGCGCAUUAACCGUGAGGGAAUUUGAUAUUGACAAGGACAUCCCAGCCGUGGAAGACUUGGAAAAGAGAUGCGAAACGACAGCGAGUUCAGGAGGCAAAAUGUCACUCUUUACUGAUCUUUUGGGCGACCCCAUUUGCAGAAUCCGCCACUCUCCCUCCUUCCUCAUGCUGGUGGCUGAAUUGGGUGGUGUUGAGAAAGAGAUUGUUGGAGUCAUUAGAGGCUGCAUCAAAACCGUUACUUGCGGUAAAAAGCUCAGUAGAGUAAAUGGAAUAAUUACCGCUAGUGAACAAGAUGAUCAUUCUGAUAACAAAGUGAUUAUCACUCCUGUUUGCACCAAGCUUGCUUACAUUCUUGGCCUUCGAGUUUCUCCUUUCCAUAGGCGCAAAGGUAUUGGAUCAAAGCUUAUUAACCAAAUGGAGGAUUGGUUUAGAAAGAAUGGUGCAGAGUACUCAUACAUGGCAACUGAACUUGACAAUAAACCCUCCUUAAGCCUCUUCAUAAAAAGAUGUCACUAUACCAAAUUUCGUACCCCUGCAAUAUUGGUCCAACCGGUUUUCGCUCACCGAGUCAAAACGAAUAGCAACCGAGUCACCAUCAUCAAACUCACCCCGGCCGAUGCCGAGACCAUCUACCGCCGCCGAUUCUCCGCCACCGAGUUUUUCCCACACGACAUUGAUAGAAUUCUCCACAACAAGCUCAAUCUAGGCACCUAUGUGGCCGUUCCAGCUGAGUCCGACUCGGUCGAGUCGUGGCCUGGCUUGGCCGAGUUCCUGUGUGACCCGCCCGAGUCUUGGGCCAUAAUGAGCGUGUGGAAUUGCAAAGAGGUAUUUACGUUACAAAUCAAGGGCGCGUCUUUUUCACGGCGGUUGGCAGCGAAGACCACGCGUGUGGUGGACGGCGCGUUGCCCUGGCUGAGAAUACCUUCCGUGCCUGACGUGUUUAGGCCAUUUGGGAUGCUGGUUAUGUACGGGUUGGGAGGGGAAGGCCCACGCGCGGAGCGGAUGGUGAAGGCGCUGUGCGGUCACGCGCACAACGUGGCCAAGGAAUUGAGAUGUGGAGUGGUGGCUACUGAGGUGGCGAGUCAAGACCCGUUGAGGUUAGCGAUUCCGCACUGGGAGAGGCUAUCGUGCGCCGAGGAUGUAUGGUGCGUGAAGAGGCUGGUACAGGAUUACGGUGAUGGGCCUACUGGGGACUGGACCAAGUCCAGCCCAGGCCCUUCAAUUUUUGUUGACCCCCGAGAAUUCUAA